AUUCACCGCGCAUGUUCCAUUUUUGACAAUCCUGUCCAACGUCGCCAUUAAAGUGUUUAUCUCCGAUUACCUUAAUUUAAGUGUUUUUUACUGUAGUGUUUGUCCAACGCUUUGUGUAGGGCGAAAGGAAUGUAAUUUGUUCGUUUUCUUCACGGAAGCGGAAAUUAAGGGCCGAGGAUGUUUGUACACCCACCAGUUGAACAGCAGUUUCGGAUGGACCCAAAUAUGACGUUGCUGCAUUCAACGCCUCCACUACACCCUGUACAUCCGAGGAGGAAGAACAAUAGGAAUGCCUUGCACGGGAUGCAAGCUGAGCGGCUUUCGUUGAGCGAAGAAGCUAAAUUGGAAAUGGCGUCUCUGCCGACCAAAACUCCUGUUUCAGUCCUCCAAGAGUUACUAAGUAGACGAGGUGCAACGCCAAAAUACGAAUUAGUUCAAAUCGAAGGUGCUAUCCACGAGCCAAUUUUUAGAUAUCGGGUUUUCAUCAAUAACGACUUUGUGGCAACGGGAACUGGAAGGUCGAAAAAAGACGCGAAACAUGCGGCAGCGAAAAAUUUGUUGGACGUUUUGGUGGGGAAACAGAGCCCAGAACAGGCAAACGCUUCGAACGGAACCCCAGGAGCCAACGACAUAACGAAUCAAGUAGUUUCCCCCUUCGACGACAAAGUCAUGGGCAACCCCAUCGGAUGGCUGCAGGAGAUGUGUAUGUCUCGAAGAUGGCCGCCCCCAUCCUACGAAAUGGAACACGAAGAGGGCCUCCCCCACGAACGCCAGUUCACAAUAGCUUGCCAGGUACUGAAGUUCAAAGAAGUCGGCACCGGCAAAUCGAAAAAGCUAGCGAAGCGAAUGGCGGCCCACAAAAUGUGGCAGGCGUUGCAAGACAUGCCCUUAGAAGGCAACAACCUGCCACAGGGCUAUGACGACGACGAAGAGUUGGCUGCAAAAAUGUGUAACUUACAAGGACGCUACAGUGGCCUGAAAGAUAGUAAAAUACCGACCCUCACGAUGCAACACACCCACAAGGUGUCACAAUUUCACAAGGCGCUGAAGCAAUCCAACGGACCGAAACUGAAAGAGCUCCAGAGUACAGUUUUCAACAAAGACUUCAACUUCAUCCAGUUCCUGCAAGAGAUAGCCACCGAGCAGCAGUUUGAAGUCACCUAUGUGGAUAUCGAGGAAAAAGCUCUUUCGGGUAAAAGCCAGUGCUUGGUGCAGCUUUCCACGUUGCCGGUGGCCGUGUGUUACGGCGCGGGUGCCACCCCCAAAGAGGCCCAGUCGGCGGCGGCUCAGAAUGCGUUGGAAUAUCUAAAAAUCAUGAGCAAGAAGUGAGGAUAGAGGGCGCGCUGAUCGUUUACACUUCAAACAUCUGCAACUCGUUUUAAUUUAUUUGUCUGUACAUUGAUUAGGCUAAUCCAUGUUGAGAUGUUUUUAAGUGUAGUCGAAUCGAUUCAAAGUGUAUCAAGCGGCAUGUGCUUUCCCUACAUGCGUUAUGCUUUUCUUCUCCGUCGACGCCGUUUUUAGCCGCGAAGUCGCAGGUUGGCGUCGUUUAAUUUUAGGGACAUCAGAGCUGGGCCACUGUUAUUGGUUCGAAUUUUUCGACGAAAGUUUGGCGCAAUAGGAGUGGCCCCUGACGAGAAGGAUCGCACCUAAUUUUACAAGCUAUACUUUGCAUAGAAUUAGUGGUUUUUUUCGAGACUAUAUUAAUCUUCAUUUGUCGUGUAUUGAUAUGCAGAUGCACUCAAUCAAAUACGCGAAAACGACCAGUAAUAAGAUUGCUGGGAAAUGGUGUCUAUUGUUAAGAGUAGUGUUUAGGUAGCUUUAGCAUUACACUAUAUAGGCACUAGAGUUUAAACGAGUUUAUGUAAUGUUCAUACUCUGGAUGUAUCAUUGGGUGCCCCCAUGCGAUGUAAAUGUACAUACUUAUAUUGUGUAAAGGGAGCAUUUAUUUAAUGCAAAGUAUAGAGGUUGUACCCCUAUUAUUUUCCCCUAAUUAACAUAUAUGUCAAUAGAAGCUAUAAUAUUAAGAUGGUUACAUCUCGUCUAAACAAUUACCCUUUACUUUUUUUUUAUUAUGUUAAGUACAUCUUAAGUCAUAUUCAUAUUGAUGUGUAUGCUAAUUGAAUAUAAAUUAUAGCUUA